AUGUCCUCCACCGCCGCCCGAGCCCUAACGUCCGUCUCCCGCGCAGCCUUCUCCUGGAAGCCGACUAACCCUCCUCUGCCAGACGGGGCGCCCGCAGCAAACGCUGGCGGCGGCGGUGAGCAGGUCGGGCGUGGGCUCCACUUGGGAGCGUGCGUCACCGCCACGCUGUUCCCGACGCAAGCUGGCGAGGGUAGGUAUUUCCUCGUGGAGGGUGAGGAGGAGGCGAGGGUGGCGGCAGAGGUGAGGAACGCUGAGCCACGGUCGCAGCUCUGCACGACGCUUCGGCGAGGCGAAGGCGCCCACACGCGGGUCCGGACGGUGGAGCACCUUCUCUCGGCGAUGGAGGCACUUGGCGUCGACAACUGCCGUAUCGAGCUUAGCGGCGGUGACGAGAUUCCUUUGCUUGAUGGAUCAGCGCAAGAGUGGGUAGAAGCAAUACAAAGCGUUGGCUUGUGUGCGGCAGAGGACGCCAAUGGGCAAAAGUUGGAUAAACUGGCGCCUGAAAUUCAUGAGCCUGUUUACCUACGGAGAGAUGAUUGCUUUAUAGCUGCAUUCCCUUGCUCACAAAUCCACAUCACCUAUGGCAUUGAUUUCCCAAAGGUGCCAACGAUUGGGUGUCAAUGGGUUUCCACAUACCUGGAUGAUAAUAUAUACUCAAGCAAGAUUGCGCCUGCAAGAACUUUCUGUAUAUUUGAAGAGGUUGAGGAAAUGCGUGCUGCUGGACUCAUCAAAGGAGGGUCACUAGAAAAUGCUAUGGUUUGCAGCAUAUCUGGUGGUUGGCUGAAUCCACCACUGCGGUUCGAGGAUGAACCUUGCCGCCACAAGAUUUUAGAUCUUAUUGGUGACUUCUCGCUGUUUGCACAGAAUGGUAACCAGGGUUUUCCAAUUGCUCAUAUAAUUGCCUAUAAGGCUGGUCACGCGCUGCACAACGAUUUUCUCAGCCAUCUGUCUGGAAAGAUCACUGUGGACAAAGAACAACUUGCUGGGCAAUGUUCAAACAUGCAGCCGGCAGCCGUGUCUGUUCUUUUGAUAACGCUGAACACAGCUGACGGGCGUGGAUGCUCUGGGUCCGGCAAUCAGAGUCUGCAGAGAUCCCAAGUCCUUUCAUCGAGUUGCAGAGCAGCCACUCGUGCGGCCGUGAGUGGCACGCACGGAGAAAGAUUCGGCGUGCCAUCCAGCUGCCAUCCAACCAGUGGCCGUGGCUCAGGGUCGCCGGUCGCCACGUCGUGGUCGCCCCUUUUCCCUGUGGAUAACCACGAACACGAACAGCGUUGA